AUGUCUCGCUCACAGCUGAGGGAGCGUGACCACCCGCGCGGCGGCGGUCGCGGUGUUGAGGACGAUGACGAGGAGUACUUGACUGAUGACGAGGAGGACGAGGGGGACGCCGAUGACGACGGACAGGAGGGCCGCAGGGCCCUCGCCUGCAGCACUGCGGCGGGGCCGGCCACCUGGCAGGAGGUGGACCGCGGCGAGCUGUCCGCGAGUGCUCUGGCGCUGAUCAGCAGCAUCGCGCAGACGGCGCCAACGGACGACCGCUCUCGCGACGCGGUGUGGCACCCCACCACCACUGUAACCGUGACUCAGGAGCUGGUGGACCCCUUGGGCCUCGGCCGCAUAGACCCCGCGGCCAUGAGACUGGAGCGCCGCUCGACGCGCGACGCCGCCCCUCAGGCCCGCAGCAAUGCCACUGGUGUCAAUGUCGAUGCAGGGCCUGGCCAGGCAAAGGGGGCAGUGGGGCGCUUCUUCUCGGAGCUCACAGCUCGUGGCGGCGGCAGCGGGGGCGGCAAGGACGGCGGCCGCAGCCACGCGCGCGGGAGCGCUGGCGGCCCCAGCGGCAGUGGUCGACCGGUGGACAGCAGCCCCUCAACGAGGAGGCGCACCUCUGUUGCGAGCAGAGCGUCCAACCUUCCCACGAACAUGCUCCUGCCCACCAUGGAAGGCUUUGACCCUGAGGCCUACCUGGCCGUCUUCCACGAGGCCACCAGCCCUGCGGACUUGGCAGCGGGGCUGACCACCCUGGAGCGCGAGCUGGGGGAGCGCCAGGGCCAGCUCAAGACGCUGGUCAAGCAGAACUUUGACCGCUUCAUCAGCUGCAAGACCACAAUCGACGACAUAUACGUCAAGCUGCAGCGGAUUGAGUCGGCCGGCACGGGCAUCAGCACGCAGGUCCUGUGCUCUGCCGUAGAGGAGGUCCAGGCCUCUGCCAGGGUGGCGUUUGGCCCCCUGCUGGAGCGCCACAGCAAGGCAGAGCGCAUCAAGUCGGUCCAGGCCCUCCUGCGUCGCUUCCAGCCUCUCUUCAGCAUGCCCUCGCGCAUCAGGUCCCUUGCUUCAGCCCAUGACUAUGAGCAGGUGUGUGCGGAGUACAAGAAGGCCAACGCCCUCAUCCGCCCCGGCAGCAACAACACCGCCAAGGUCUGGGCGCGACUGCACACUGAGAUUGAGAGGCGUGUGGGUGAGGUUUGGCUGCAGCUGGAGGCGGAGGUGGCUCACCCCGAGCUGCCGGCAGCCAGCGCGCCGGAGCUGCUGCUGCACAUGCUGGCGCUGCAGGCAGAGGGCCUGCCCCUUGCACAGGGCAAGGAUCCGGUGGGGCUGCUGCUGGAGGCGCGCGAGCGGCGCGCGCGCAGCGAAAUGGCGUCCGCCCAAGACCACCAGGCACGCGCCAUGGCCCGGCUCAGGGAGCGGUACUGCGCUGUGGUGGGGGCCGAGAGCGCCAAGCCACAACCCCUGCAGUCGCGGCUGGUGCAGAACACCUCUGAGACGCCUGGCGAGCAGCUCAUGCUCAACCACGUGGCGGAGCUGUCAUCAGUCCUGCUGUCGUGCCUGCCAGGGUUCUGGGCCACUGCCUCUUCCGGCCGCCUUGCAGACGUGCCUGACCUGCCCCCUGCUGUCAGGGCGCGCCUCAGGCAGUCCCUCAAGACAGUGGCCGCCACCGCGCAGAAGCUGGUCGAGUCGUACUGCAGGGACGUGCAGAAGGUGGCGGGGGCACUGGCGGCGGUGGGCCCGCUGCGCAGCGCGACAGCGGCUCUCGUCCAGCGCCUGGCGCGUGUGGUUGAGUCACUGCGGGAGCUGAGGGCGCCGCCGAGUGCGGUGGCCUCUGUGCUGGGCGUGCUGCGCUACGGCCUGGAGGCAGCUGUGCGGCAGCUGGCCAGCCACCUGGAGCAGCUGCCUGCAACCCUGGCCUCGCCGCUCGACGGGGAGCUGCCUGCUGACAUCACCACGCGGCCCCUGCACGUGGCAUUCUUUGCCUGCCUGGGCCAGUGUACCGCCUGCCUUGCGGCUCUGGCGGAGCGCUACAACCCCCAUGCUGGUGACAUGCCGAGCUCAGCCCGCGGCGGCGACGAUGAGAGCGGCGGCAGCAGCACCGGUGGCCCCGACCCAGGAGGGGGCGGGGGGUCGCCGCGCGAGUACUGGCGGCGGGGGCCGCAGGCUCAGGCGCGGGGCGUGCUGCUGUACGACAGCGACGACGACGCAGGGGAGGGCGGCGGUGCGGGUGGCUCGGGCAGUGGCGGCCCUGCCGUGCGUGGCGGCUUGCAGGGCGGGCGCGGCGGCGUGGGUGUCGGGGGCGUGGCAGGUGUGAGCGAUGAUGUGCGGCUGCUGCUGACGGCUUCCAACCUGAGCUACAUCCGCACCAAGCUGAUGGGGUCCCUCACACAGCGCUUCCUGCUUGUGCUGACAGGCGAGGUUGCCUCUGAGGUGGAGCGCGUGAGCCGCACGAUCAAGGGCCUCGCCAAGCGCAUGGAUGCAGCACUACAGGCCAUGUUUGAUUUGUACCGUGACCGCAAGCGCCGGCAGCUGGAGCGGCUGAUGAGUGCGUACGUGCGUGCAGACGGCGGCCCUGUGGGCACCCCCCCUGAGCUGCGUGACAUCACCCCGGGUGUGGCGGGCCUGCUGCAGGCUCUGGCCCAGGUCCAGGCUGAGGCCUACACGUACGCCAGGCUCCACAUGUCGUACCUGCUGCCCCCCUUGCUGGAGGCUGUGGCGUCGGGCCUGAGCGCGCGGUAUGCCGCCCUGGCCCCCGAGGGUCUGGCCCCGGAGGCGCUGGCGCAGUACUUCCUGGACCUGUCCUGGCUGGACGGCACACUCAGCGCUGCAGGCCCACCCUCGGUGCGCGUGGACAUUGACGCCGGCUACAUGCUGCUGGCGCAGCGCAUUGCAGGCUUCAGUGCUGGCGCGGCUGUCACUCCGCUGGGCCGCAGCCUGGCUGCUGUGAGGGACCCAGCAGAGCUCAGCAAGAGGCUGCAGGUGACGUGUCGCAAGCUGCUACCAGACAUCUUGGGGCGCUCCACCUUCACAACCAGCAGCUUCCUGCCUGUACAGUAA